AUAUAAAAGAACAAGACACAUUUCACAUUGCAAAAACCCCUUUCUGUACCUAAACCCCGACACAUCACACGGCCUCAGAGCGACGUUGACACCCAACCAAACCACCAUGUCCGGCGCUCUGAGAAGAAACACUACCCUCACCCGCCUCAUACACAAGCACUCCAUCACCGACCACCGCACACCUCCGCCGGGCCUCAAGGCCCAGCUCCAGUCCAAAGCCUACCUCCGCGCCCCCAAUGUCUUCCGUAAAGCCAAAGACUACGACCUCUCUCCCCCCUCCCUCUUCUCCUCCGCCUUCUUCUCCGCCAAGUCCUCCUCUUCCUCCGCCGCCGCCACCGCCUCCACGGGGCUCGUUGGCUGGUACCUGGGCCUCGUCAAGAACCGGCCCAUUCUCACCAAGAGCGUCACCGCCGCCCUCAUCUACACCGCCGCCGAUCUGUCCUCCCAGACUAUAGCGAAAUCGGAUACUUAUGAUCCUGUGAGGACAUUGCGGAUGGCUGGAUAUGGGAUGCUGCUUCUAGGGCCGUCGCUGCAUUUCUGGUUCAAUUUCAUGGCCAAAACGUUUCCGAAGCGGGAUAUGUUUUCGACAUUGAAGAAAAUGGCUCUGGGGCAGGGACUUUAUGGACCUACUAUGACUGUUGUGUUCUUUUCUGUGAAUGCAUUUUUACAAGGUGAAAAUGGUGGAGAAGUUUUUGAUCGUUUAAAGCGAGACUUGGUCCCGACAUUGUUAAGUGGUGUUAUGUACUGGCCAGUGUGUGAUUUUAUCACAUACAGAUUCAUUCCUGUCCAUUUGCAGACAUUAGUGAGCAAUGGAUUUUCAUAUCUAUGGACCAUUUAUUUGACAUACAUGGCAAGCCUGGAGAAAGCAAGUGCAAUGGCUAGUGAUUGACUGUAGGUACCCAUUCUUUUUGCUUGUCUUCAAGAUUUAGACUUUUCUCCACAAACGUGCUUGGAAGUUGCUCAUGAUGCGAGAUGUUAAACCCUCCCAGAAGUGCUAAUGUUACAUCCACAGCCAAAGCAUGGUUGAAGCGGAAGCUAUGACAUUCUAAUUUUGAAUUAGACUGAGUAAAUUCAUUGGUGAUCAUGUUUAGCUACUUGUAGAACAUUGUUACACAUUAUGUAUUCAUGUUGUUGGACCAAAGGGUUUUGUAAAGUGGUGGGUUAAUGUUAUUGAGGACACUUUGGAACUA